AGGCUUGAUGAGUAACCAGCAUAGGGAUAUUUUUUUUGUUCUUAUUAUUUUCCCCUCUUGCAGUGCAUUUACAACAAAUCACUGGGAAUUUGUGAACCAUGCCUUAAACUGUAGAUGAAGUUUGAUAGCUAGAGGAAUCCAGAUGUGAGUCAGAUGCUAAGAACUGGAAGAGAGAAGGAAGGGAGGGACCCGACUACUUGCAAAUAAGGAAGAGGCAAUCUACAAAUGCAUGUGUUUCCUUAUGCAGUUCUAACCUGAAGGAGGAACUUCCUAAUACUUACCGAUGAAAGAGACCAUGUAUUUUGUUUUGUUUGGCUGUUUCCCACAAAGAUUUUAAUCAAUCAGGGACAUACAUGCCUCGCACUUACACAAUAACGUAGGAGACAAAGGCUCAAAUGUUCAUUGUUAUUGCAGGCUGUGUACUGUUAAGGGCUGUUAUUCCAUGGCAAUCCUGAGAACCACAUGUGCACCACCUUGGGUUCCAUAAUAGAAGAAAGAUGGGGUAUAAAUCUGAACAAAGACAGAAAGGAAUGUGCCUCUGUAUUUGAAAGAAUUUUCCUGUGUCAGCAGCAGAAGCAGCUGCUGCUACCACCAAGAAACAACAUCCUGAAGGAACAAUGGGGGACAAGAAGAAGAGGAUUAGCCUUCCAGCCAAGUUAAUUAACGGAGGUGUAGCAGGACUUGUGGGAGUGACUUGUGUUUUCCCCAUUGAUUUGGCCAAAACCCGUCUCCAGAACCAACAAGGACAAGGAGUCUACACUGGAAUGAAAGAUUGUUUGGUGAAGACUAUUAACUCCGAGGGGCUCUUCGGCAUAUAUCGAGGGGCUGCUGUAAACCUGACUCUUGUCACUCCUGAAAAAGCAAUCAAGUUGGCAGCCAAUGAUUUUUUCCGACACUUGCUCUCCCAGGAUGGAAAAGAAUUGACAUUAGUGAGGGAGAUGCUUGCUGGCUGUGGAGCAGGGACUUGCCAGGUGGUGGUCACAUCUCCAAUGGAAAUGUUGAAAAUCCAGCUCCAAGAUGCUGGACGGCUAGCUGCUCAUCAGCAGAAGACCUUGGGGAAGAAUGGGCUAGGGGCAGCCACCUUCCAUCCACCACCAGGACAGCCUUAUGCAGCCACGUCCACAGCAGCCUCCGAACGCCCCUCUGCCACCAUGAUUGCCGGAGAUCUCCUGCGCACUCAAGGACUAGCAGGCUUGUAUAAAGGGCUGGGAGCCACCUUGCUCAGGGAUGUGCCCUUUUCCAUUAUAUAUUUCCCACUCUUUGCCAACAUCAACAAGCUGGGGCAAGUGAAUCGUGAUGAAAAAGCCUCUUUCUUGCAUUCAUUCAUGUCUGGCUGUGUGGCAGGAUCUGUGGCUGCAGUGGCAGUGACCCCACUAGAUGUUCUAAAAACCCGAAUUCAAACUCUCAAGAAAGGUCUGGGAGAGGACACCUACAAUGGGAUCAUUGACUGUACCAGGAAGGUCUGGAUUCAUGAGGGCCCUACUGCCUUCAUGAAAGGAGCAGGAUGCCGUGCACUGGUGAUAGCUCCUCUUUUUGGCAUAGCCCAAGGGGUGUAUUUCAUUGGCAUUGGAGAAUAUAUCAUGGGUUUUUUAAAGUAGUACACAUUCAAAAAUAUACUGAUCAUAGAUAAAGACUGCAAAAGUUCUGUGGCACUGACUACUGAAAGAGAAAUGGAAUCAUACUGUAAAAUUUUGUUUGGCUAUGAACCACCAGUCUACUACUGUCCAGGAAGAUGACCUAAAAAUGCCACUGCCAAGCUUACCAUUAUUUCAUUAUCUAAAACAUUCUCUGUAUUCUGGAGAUGACUAGUGCCAAAGGAUGUGCUUUGAAAAGGAAUGGGUUGCAAGUGCUAUUUCCCACUUAGACCAAAAGCUACUUUUAAUACUUUGUAAACAGUACAACCCUUUGGAAGCUGGUCUUCUACUUACAGGAAGGUAAACAAAUUUGAACUAGGACUAUCACUGACCAUUGUAGAACAAGAGCCGAUGACUUUCUCCCAGCUCUGCUACCAGAGUUCAACUAGAGGUUGAAUCUGGGGCACCUACCCAUAAAGCAUAUGCUACAAGACGAUGUAUGGAGUCCUUCCUAGUGCUGCCUGGUGCAAGUUCUGCCCUUUGCUUCCAGCUCCAGGGCAAACACAUUUAUAAGUAUUACUGCUUUGUUUUUAUGACUUGUGUGCUGUAAAGGUGCUUCUACAAUAGCACUUUAGUUGUAGCCAAACUUUUGCUAGCCUAACCCAAAACGUGCUGCACAUUAGCAAUCAACCUGUGAUUAGCUCAGCAAUGCAAAUGGAUGUUCAUGAACCAUCUCCCCAACAGACCAUAACUGGAAGACAAAGAAAGCAAACCAUCGGUCUAAGCUGACUGUUUAAACCAGGCCUGGUGACACCCCUCCAGGCCUCUUUGGCCCAUAGGACUUUCCCCAGGAUCACCCCCUCACUCGUAUUAAUGUCUGCAAUGCAUCCUUGAGCUUUGAUAAUGCCUCUUGCUUGGCAGGAUGAAGGCAGGUAUGGAAGCCUCUUGACUUCUGCAUGGCUGGAAUGUAGCCUCCUUUACAAAGGUAAGAGCUGCAUCCGUUGCCCUGCCUGCUUUUGCCUCUAUCUGCACCCAUUAUUGGCAUGUGACCCUCUGAAAGUUACUCAGAAAGGAAUACAGCUCUUUGGCUGAAAAAAGUUCCACACUCCUAGUUUAAACCCAUAAUCACAAAGUAGCACUUCUACAGGUAUUAGCAACCACCAUGCCAGACACACCAGCUUGCUAUAUCCUUCCAAGUCAUGGACUCUAGCUUCUAGUUGUCCAAUCCACUCAGUUCUUGAUAACCUUGAGAAUUCAUUUCUCCCCCUUCAAAUGUGUAGUCUUCACCAUUGCACAGAAAAUCCUGAAAGUGGCAAUAGCAAAGUAUGCCAAGGAUUGCAUAAAUAGGUGACACCUGGCAUGGAACUUCCAUUGGGCAGUAAAAACAUCAGUCUCUUUCCUUUUUCCAUAAAGAAGCUAGCAGAAGGGCUGUACCAAUCCAACAACCUCAGGCAAAAGAACCUGAUUGUAAACAUGUUUCUUGAUGGAGGGAGAAAUCAUGCAAUAGAUCAAAAGCUUUUGAAUUAUAAUAGAAGGCUCCUCAAGGAAGAAGUUUAUAGUUUAUAAUGCAUUAGAUUGCUGUAGUAAAACAUUUUAGUAGAACUUAUGGAUUCUUAUGCUUGGGCCACU